AAUCACAACAACAUUUAUGACGUCACCCGUCGGUGCGCCUGCGCAGACGGAUAGCUGGUAGCUCGUCUAUUAUGCUGCUAAAAUAGAAGCUGCAGCGAAAAGCGGAGCCCCGCGGGACACCCUGGAGAGAUUCCCAAGUCGUGCGAUGGGACUGUGUGUCGUGGAUGCAAAGAAGAACCAACACCAACCAAAGAGGCUUUGAAGUCACACAUCCACACGCUUGUGUGCAUCUCCAUAUCACGCCCUCGCACCAGAGAGGGAUUUUUUUUCACCUUAAGGCCAGUACAGCAACCCACCGUGCAUCGCGUCUUUGUCACCGUCCACGAUGUCGGACCUCCCCGAGGCUGCUCCACCCAGCCCCCCUGCCCUGACCAAUCCGCCCCCCCCUGAGGUCACCAAUCCAACAAAGCCUGGCAGGAAAACAAACCAGCUUCAAUACAUGCAGAACGUGGUGGUGAAGACACUGUGGAAGCAUCAGUUCGCCUGGCCCUUCUAUCAGCCAGUGGACGCCAUCAAGCUGUGUCUUGCGGACUACCACAAAGUGAUAAAGAACCCGAUGGACAUGGGAACCAUCAAGAAGCGUCUGGAGAACAACUACUACUGGAGUGCCAGUGAAGCCAUGCAGGACUUCAACACCAUGUUCACCAACUGUUACAUCUACAACAAGCCCACAGAUGACAUCGUCCUCAUGGCUCAGGCCCUUGAGAAGAUCUUCCUGCAGAAAGUGGCCCAGAUGCCACAGGAAGAAGUAGCUCUGCUUCCACCUGUGCCCAAAGGCAAGAACAAGAGCAAACAGCCUGCGGCUGCCACCACAGUGAGUCAGCAGGCAGAAUCCUCUGCCUCCCCCCCAGCCUCCUACUCCUCACCCUCACAGACGCCCGUACUUUCAACAGCUCCCACACCUGUGCAGGUCACACCUCCAAUCGCUGCACCACAACCUCCCGCGACCAUGAUGCCCUCUGCACAGCCCGUUGUCAAGAAGAAGGGGGUGAAGAGGAAAGCUGACACGACCACGCCCACUACUUCUGCCAUCUCAGCAGGUCGGGCUGACUCGCCACUAGCACAGGAUAGCAAACCUGCCAAACUGGGCUCUUCUCGUCGUGAAGCUGCAGCUCGACCCGCCAAGGCCCGACGGGAGACUGGAGAGGAACCCGCCGUGAGCGAGGCAGCAGGAGGGCCUCUUGGUGGUUCUGGCAGGAAGAGUGGGAAGCUGGGUGAACAGAUGAAGCACUGCGAUGCCAUCUUGAAGGAGAUGUUGUCGAAGAAGCACGCCGCGUACGCCUGGCCCUUUUACAAGCCCGUUGAUGCUGCAGCACUGGAACUGCACGACUACCAUGACAUCAUCAAACACCCAAUGGACCUGAGUACAGUCCGGAAAAAGAUGGACAAGGGCGAGUACGGGGAUCCUCAGAGCUUCGCCACCGACGUCCGGUUAAUGUUCUCCAACUGCUACAAGUACAACCCUCCCGACCACGAGGUGGUGGCCAUGGCCCGCAAGCUUCAGGACGUCUUCGAGAUGCGCUUUGCCAAAAUCCCGGACGAAGGUUUGGAGGCCUCUGUACCAUCCACAACACCGGUGGUCAGUAAAAGCACCGCCUCCUCCGACAGCAGCAACAACUCCUCCUCUGAUGAGUCGUCUGACUCAGAGGAGGAGCGAGCCACGCGAUUGGCCGAGCUACAGGAGCAGGUUGGUGCUGCCGACCAAUCACAGUUGAAGGCGGUGCACGAGCAGCUGGCCGUCCUCUCGCAGGCUCCCGUCAAUAAACCCAAGAAGAAGAAGGAGAAGAAGGACAAGGACAAGAAGAAGGAGAAGGGGAACAAGGCCAAGACAGAAGAGGAGAAGAAACGGAAAGCGGCUGCUCAGCAACCAAAGCCAGCCAACCAGAAGAAGGCUCCUGUGAGGAAGGCCAAUAGCACGGUCCCCGCCCCCAGACAAACCAAGAAAGGCAGCAAGACGGCGGGAGGGGCGUCGGCUAACGGAGACGACGGAGAGGAGUCCUCGCUGCCUAUGUCCUACGACGAGAAGAGGCAGCUCAGUCUGGACAUCAACAGGCUACCUGGGGAGAAACUAGGUCGGGUUGUGCACAUCAUCCAGUCCAGAGAGCCAUCCCUCAGAGACUCCAACCCCGAUGAGAUCGAGAUCGACUUUGAAACAUUGAAGCCCUCCACCCUUCGAGAGCUGGAGCGCUACGUCAAGUCCUGUCUGCAGAAGAAGCAGAGAAAGCUGCUGCGUAAGUGCAGACGCGAUCGCUGGGUCCAGUCGGAACAUGUUGUCUCCAAUGUGUUUCGUCUCUUGUUUCCAGAAAAAGCAGCUGGAGGGGCUUCAGGGGGCGGAGCCAGUCGUCUGAGUGGCAGCUCCUCCUCUUCGUCAGACGACAGCUCGUCCACAGGAACAUCUUCGUCCUCUGACACAGACUGAACUCUCGCGUGGGCACACGGACGCACGUAUAUCUCACACACUCUGACUGGAUGUAAAUAAACGUUUUUAGCUUCUAGUUUGUUUCGGGGAUGUGACCUCUGACCCCUGGAUUAGCUGACCUAAUGCCCAGAGCGAGAUGGGAGUAAACCACCGUCACAAGCGUUGGAUUCCUGGCCCUCGACCCCCCCGACCCCACUCUUUUCCUGCCUUGGUUCUGUUGGACUUCGGAGAGGACAUUUUUAAGUUGUUUUUAAGGUUAAAGCGUUUUUAGGUUCUUAUCCUCAGUGGGUGUGUGAUCGCCAGAAGGGGGCAGUGAGGCCUGAUUCAUGGGUGAUGGUCACCAUGACGGCAAGUUCUCCCUGAUGAUGAACCACAGCCAAGUCCAGUGUCGGCUGGUUCCCCGGUCAAAGGUCACUGACUGAUCAGCAUUUUAUUUUAUUUCAUUUUUAACACCGGGUCGGUCCUGGGGAGUCGGUGGCCCGGCCAUUCAGAACUUGUGCUUAUAACACUACGUUUCCAUCACAUGCUCCCCAUCGCAGCUCCACCCCCGAGGCUGAUUGGUUGAUGAAACAGUCUCCUCCCCCUUCAGGUGUCUCUCUGCCAACUGGAUGGGUGUGUGUGUAGUGAGAGGGUUGGUGCUUCCUGUGGUGCCCGAUCAGAGAUGGCCUCAGUGAUGGUCAGCUGUUGUCGCACAGGGAGUGAGUGACCGUUGCCAUGGUAACCCCCUGUCUGUGGACGGCCUGCGAUGGACAGUUGAUUUUUGUAUUUUAAUACGAAAAAGUAAAAAAGUAAUUUUGUGUAUCUGCAUGCACUCCGGCCGUACGUAUGUGUGAGCGCCACCUAGUUGUACCGUAGCUGUCCGACAUUAGACCACGUGAUUAUUGAUGUAAUUACUGAUAUCAAUCCUUAUUUUCUCAGUUACUUUGUUUUUCAUAAAUAAACACGUCAAGUGA